AAUACACAUACAGCUACGAGGUGUGUUAAAUUUGUCCAUCAAAGCGAGAUCCACAGGUUUAAGAAAUCUAAUCAAAUUAAGAAAAACACAACUUUAUACAAAAAAGCUGUUUGGAUACUAAAGUAAAACAGACCGGGUUAUAUCGCCGGUAUAAGACUCCCAAUGUAAAUGACCUGCCCGGGACUGGUUACCGUGUGUUCGACCUUGAUCUUCCUGACUGUAAUCACCCAUGGCGCAGGCAGAGAAACGUACACCUCUAAAGACGGCAGAACGUUUUACAUCGACCCUGUACUCUGUGAAAGCGUCUAUACCGAUGUAUUUGCUGAGAAUGACCUAAUCAAGCAUCAAAAAGUCUACACGAGACGUGACGACAGAGACUGCUGUUACCUGAAAGAUUCCAGAAACAGUUGCUGCUUGGAUGUGAUGAAGUUUCCGUUGGAGUGUCGUUGCAUGCCUUCCCUUUCCUGCGGAGUCCCCACCUCCUUAUCCGCCAAUACUACGAAAAGUGUCAUCCCCAUAACUACCACAAUUAGAAGAACUACUCCUACUGCAAGAAGAACUCUCCCUACUACCACCACUACUAGAAAAAAGAUUCCCAAAAUCACAACUACAAAAAGAACUAUCCCCUCUAGCACAACUACAAAAAGAACUAUCCCCUCUACCAAAACUACAAAAAGAACUAUUCCCACUACCACUACUAAAAGAACUACACCCACUACCACCACAACCACGACAGAAACAUCAACAACAACAACAACUACAACCACGACAGAACCAACAACCACUGUCCCCCCAGUCCCAGAUUACCCAGUGUGCCAGCCACAGCUCCGUGUCCUCAACGGUGCCCACGUGACAGACAUCUGCCAGUACUCUGGCAUCGCCAACAUCACUGUCGCCAGCGGGGCUUUUGUCGUCUGCAACGCUGUCCUGGCACUAGCCAAUGUCAACGGGACCUACAAAGAAACUUUCAUCACGCCUUCGACCUGCAAGGACACCCUGGUCAACACAGGACACGAGUUUGACCUAGAAAUUGGAAUACAAAGGUACCCCAUUCCUUCAAGAAUAUUUACUAUCUACAGUGGUCCCAACGGCCUCUCUUACCUUGACGUCAACUACCACUACCAAAACCUUCUCACCAGCAUCGGAGAGUGUGAGCCACGCGCAUGCGUCUACCACGACAGUACGACGAGCAGGGGUCUUGACCUCAGCACGUGCCGGCUCGUCAGUUGGGGCGUGUCCAACCCUUCUAGCUCUAGUGCUGGUGGACUGAGCGUGGUUGACGUUGCACUGAGCCCCACUGGAUGUUCUGCUAUCGCCCCACCCAGCGCCAGUACUGUGACCCUCUGCUUCAAGACGACAUCUGGAAUGAGCUUAUCCUGUGAAGGAGACACGGGCGCCCCCGUGUACUGUAUGGCGCCGGCCAACGGGGAGUGGUACGUCGCCGGCGUUACACAGGUCGCCGCCAACUGCCAGGAGAGCACCGAGUUCCAUGUCCUCUCGAUAUCUUCCGUGUAACCAGGACACAGGUCGAACAAACCUGCUGUGUUGUGUGUCAAACAAACCGGUCCAGUGGAGAACAUAUGAACAU